CGACCAAUCAGCUAACGGCGCUCACACCAACACAAAACAAAAAUAAAUGGCGCCAUGAGAACUACGGAGGUGGUCGAUACUCGCUAUUUUAUGACAAGUUUUCUCAAGUACACUAAUCUUAUCGUCCAAAGCAGCAGGAAUGAUGGACGCAUCCAACACACUGCUCAAGAGAUUGUGUUCCCACGUCACAGGGAUUAGCGAUGACCGACUGGCUAACCAUUUUCACAUGGCUGUGAGUCUUCUAAAUGAAAGCCCAUCAAAUGUUAUGCUCAAGGACCACAAUGUAGUUGCUGAUAGAAUUAAACGCCGAUUGGUAAGGGAAAAAAGAAUUGAUGAUGCUGCACGAUUUUCAAGUUUGAUGAACAGGUUAUUGAAGUCGGCUGUACUGCGCAACAAGACCAGCAUCCUUACAUUUUUCCUAUCUUUAAGUCAAGACAGCUGUGGUCAUAUCAAGGACCAAAGAAUUCAUGCACCUGAAAAUUUUGCAUAUGAGAAUGGAUUGUGCAAUGGACAUGGAAAUGAAGAGGCAUUUCCUCUACCCAAGCUACAUCAGCAUCAGGAUAGAAAACCUGCUCCUGAAGGCUCAGUGCCAAACACUCCACCUCGUUCUGUCACUCCAUCAGCAAGAGAACCCAGGUCACCCAACAUCUCGGGAAGUAGUCGAGUAUCUCGUUUGGCUGCAAUUUACAAAGCUUCAGGAGCAGCUGAACCCUGCCAGCAUGAAUCUCAGCCUGUGUCACCAUCCAAUGAACACCUACCACUGAGGCCAACCACACCAAAAAAGGGAGCAAAAAAAGAAGCUUUGAUAGACAUAACAGAGAAAAGCUUGAUCAGGGAUGUGCUCUUCAUCUUUCAAGGAAUUGAAGGAAAAAUUAUCAAGAUGGAUUCAAAUAAAGAUGGUUAUAGAUUAGACCCAAAGGUACGUUUGUCAACAAGUCAGAAGGAAAUCAUUCUAAAGUUGUCAGAUGUUGGAUGGUUGUACAGUCAAGUCAAAGAUUUCUGUGAGUGGGGAGGAAGCAUAGCAGGGAAUGAACGCACUGCAGACAGAACUGCUGCUGGACUUGUGAAUCAGUCACUGGUGCUGGCACUGAGAGAGGAGCUUAAUGAUUACUGCAGAUUGAUAGCUCUUCUUGAAGCACAGAUCCAAGAUGGAGGAGACACACCACUUGGGGAGCCAUCAGGUGGUCUUACUCUCCGGCGGUUAGUGAUGUGGACUCUGGAGCCCCGGGCACAGCUCAGAGCCCUUGCCUUCCUCACACAUGCUGCUCGUAAGGUGUAUGGCGGUGCCUGUGUCUCAUCCAUAUACCAGCACUUACGUCAUGGAAACCCAGGACACAGAGCCAUUGUAUGUAAGGUGCUCACCCGUGCCUGCACUCCAGUGUAUGUCAUGCUGACCCAGUGGCUCUUGGAUGGUGCUCUGGAAGAUCCUCACCAUGAGUUCUUCAUUGCCUCUGAUCCCACUGUGGCAGAUGACAGGCUGUGGCAUGACAAGUACUCCAUAAGAUGGUCAAUGCUGCCAAGUUUCAUUACCAGAUCUCAGGCACAAAGAGUUCUAGCAUCUGGGAAAUCUCUGAACUUUCUUCGUAAUGUUUGCCAUUUUCGGGCACCCAUAGCUGGCAGAGAAGCCAUCAAGGCUGCUUUACAACAGACUACGGUGGAAUCAUUGUUUAUGCAGGAUGAGAACUGUCAGUUAGAGAAUCUCAUUGGACUGACAUUCAGAGAGACAUCCCGCCAUGUGCUAGAGGAAAUUAUGACACGUCAUAAGCUAAUGGAUCACCUGCGGGCGCUGCGGCGCUACCUGCUGCUGGGCCAAGGCGACUUCAUCCAUUACCUCAUGGAAAUAUUAAAUCCUGAACUUGACAAGCCAGCCACCAACCUGUACCCACACAAUCUGUCAUCCCUUUUGGAAACUGCCGUAGUUGCCAGUAAUGCUCAGUAUGAGGAACCAGACAUCUUGAAGCGAUUAGAUGUCAGGCUUCUUGAGAUAUCUCCUGGGGAUUUAGGAUGGGAUGUGUUCAGCCUUGACUACCAUGUUGAUGGGCCUAUUGGUACAGUCUUUACAGCAGAGUGCAUGCGUCAGUACUUGAUGCUCUUCAAUGCCCUUUGGAAGGACAAGAGAAUGGAGAUGAUUCUCUCGGAUAUUUGGAAGGAACAGGCUGCCACAUCAAAACUUUGCAGAGAACUCCCUGAGCUGGGGGUUGUGCUGCAUGGAGUUCAGCUGCUGACCCAGGAAAUGGUCCACCUUGUCCAUCAGAUGGAAUAUUACAUGACCUUUGAGGUGUUGGAGUGUGCCUGGCAUGACCUCAUGAACCUGCUCAAAACUGCACAGAGUCUUGAUGAUGUCAUUGCUGCUCAUAACCAUUUUUUGAAGAGAAUUGUUGCUGGAGCUUUGCUUGAUGCAGAGUCUAAGGAAGUAAGAACCCAUCUUAGAACAUUUUACAAUCUCAUCCAAAACCUGAGAGCACUUCAGGAGAGGUUAUCUCACACUGUAUCAGCAGAAAUUAAUGCUCGUAAAAAUGCUGUUUUGGAGAUCAAGGCUAGAACAGAAGCAGGUGACUUUGGAACCUCCAAAGAACAGCAGGAAAUAGAGAGGAAGAGAAGAAAAGAAUUCACUUCUAAGGUUGUGCCCAAAUUGAAAUCUGAUCUCAGGAUCAACACCCAGACAUAUCAGGACAUGGUUCAGUCAUUUUUACUGAUGCUGGCACAACAUGAUGACCAGAACCUUCACUUGCUGAGCACCCGUCUUGAUUUCAAUGAGUAUUACCAUCGCCGUGACCACCGCCUCAACCAGCGCCUCACCUACCACCACAAACGAAAGAGCAUGGGCACCUCCUUCUGCCAGUGAUAAUAUUUGUCUGUGAUGUUCAUGCAAGGGUGCUGUGUUAUGUUGUGUCCUGCCUGUGCUGAAGCUGUGUCAUCAGCUGUUGUUCAAGGGAUGAAAUAGCUUCCAAUUUGCACAAGUUGAUCAUUAGACACUUAAUUGCAAAGAGAAUGAGGGUUAUGAGCUGUGAGGCUGCACCAUCAACUUAAUAUGAUAUCACUUUCCUCAUCAUCCAUAGAAUGGGAUAAUCUAAAACCAAAAGCCUGAUAAGGUCCAGAGAACUCGGUAUAUUAGCAAAAAUAAGUAAAAGACUGUUAUGGUGCCAUGGGGUCGUCAGUGAAGAUUUCAGGAUGUUAAGUAGCUUCAUUAUAUUUCUAAGAUUUUGCCAUAUAUUAGCUUCAUUUAGCACAUUUUUGCAGGUAUGUAAAAGAUGAGUACAAAUGCCAUGUCAUAACUCAUAUUAUCCUGCAGCUUGAACCCAGUAAUACCUUAGAUUCAGUUCUCUAUUAAAUAAGUCUUGCACCACAAUGUAGUUGAAUUAUACUUUUUGAAUGCACAAAACUUAUCAUGUAUAUAUAUUUUUUAUUUUACUUUGAGGAUGGUCUAUUACAGUAGUUUUAAUAUGUAUGUUAGCAAAUACACUUCAUGUGCCUGAUCUUAUGUACAUGUUUUAAUAUGUAUUUCUUGAGCAGCAUGGAUCUCCUAAUUUCUGGCAUUGUUAGAUGUUACUACAGCACCAAUACUGGGUAAUGAAAUUUACCAAGAGAAGCAAAAAUGUGUGCACCAGCUUAAUAGAAGUGCCAUUUCUAAGCAGUUCAAGCUUUUUCCUUUUUAUUUUUAUUUUAUUAUUAUUUUAUUUAUUUAUUUAUUUAUUUUUUUUUUUUAUUAAUUUUUUUUUUGUGCAAGUGAGGUGAAAUGAAAGAGAAAUUCAGAACAAUAAUUACAAUAAUAUCAGUA